UUGGAAGUCUUUGUUGCUACGAACUGAUGAACCUGUUUCGUGCUUCAUUAUUUUAAAGCAAUCCAAUAAUAAUACUUCUUAAUUAAUUAAUUCAUCAUGCGUUAAAGAAAAUAGCUUACGAUGCCGACGCAACAAAAACGAAUGUUUGCACCGGAUCUGUGAAAAACAAAACGCGCUGAUGUAAUCUAAGCUUUCGGUGUCGGACAUGUACACAAACAAAACCGAGGCUGGGGUUUAAGGUGGUGCUGUCAGGCAGGUCGGAGUGCGCAACAAAAACAAUCGCAACAUGACCGGCCUCGGGAGGUAAACAGAAGUCCUGAAGGAGUGCGUCUUCAUCGGAACGGUUAAUCGGUUACCAUGAAAGAGGAAAGGAGCAUUUCUUUGCGAAGGCAGCACAUGGAAUACGACAUCGGGCUUCACCUUUCCAGCUGCCUUGACGACGCGGAGAAGGGGACGGAAAGAGGAGGAAUCGGGAGCGAUCCCGAAUAAUAAUAGUAAUAAUAAUAAUAAUCGGUGCGAGUAAAAUUUGCAGCGAUAUGGAGACAGUCGGGAAGUUUGAGUUCAGCAGGAAGGACCUCAUAGGCCAUGGGGCAUUCGCAGUGGUGUUUAAAGGCAGGCAUCGAGAGAAGCAUGACUGGGAGGUUGCUGUGAAAUGCAUCAAUAAAAAGAAUCUAGCGAAAUCACAAACUCUACUGGGAAAAGAGAUCAAAAUAUUAAAGGAGCUGAAGCAUGAAAACAUCGUCGCAUUACAUGACUUUCAGGAGACGGCGAGCUCUGUGUAUUUGGUGAUGGAGUACUGUAAUGGAGGAGACCUGGCUGACUACCUGCAUUCCAAGGGCACGCUGAGCGAGGACACCAUCCGUGUGUUCUUACAGCAGAUAGCAGGCGCCAUGAGAGUCCUGCAGGCCAAAGGCAUCAUCCACAGAGACCUGAAACCACAGAACAUCCUGCUGUCUCAUCCAGCUGGCCGCAAGUCCCACAGCAACACCACCUGCAUCAAAAUAGCUGACUUUGGUUUUGCACGGCACCUUCAAAACAACAUGAUGGCCGCCACCCUCUGCGGCUCCCCCAUGUACAUGGCUCCAGAGGUCAUCAUGUCUCAGAACUAUGACGCCAAGGCUGACCUGUGGAGCAUAGGAACCAUAGUGUUUCAGUGCCUGACUGGGAAAGCCCCAUUUCAAGCCAGCAGUCCUCAGGACCUCCGCUUGUUUUAUGAGAAGAAUAAGACUCUUAGUCCAAACAUUCCCAGAGAAACGUCCGGCCACCUGAGGCACUUGCUUCUGGGCCUGCUACAGAGGAACCAUAAGGACCGUAUGGACUUUGAUGAGUUCUUCAAGCACCCUUUCCUCGAGGCAAGCUCCACCAUGAAGAAGUCUGCACCGGUGACCCUGACUUGCUUUCCAAGCUCAGGUUCAGCAAGUUCAUGUAGCAGCUCAUCCACCUCACACCUCGCUUCUCCUCCUCAGUCCCUUGGUGAGAUCCAGCAGAAUCGAGCCAAAACGUUGGCCUCCCCUACCCAGGAUUCUCCUGGCUUCUUGCUGAAGGAUUCAGCCGGUGGUGGAGGAAGCAGUAAGAACUCCUCCUGUGACACAGACGACUUUGUCAUGGUUCCGGCUCAUUUCCCCAGUGAACUCACAUGUGAAAUGCCCUCAGGGAAGGUGCUCCAGGACAGUCUUGUGUAUAGUGGGAGUUCUCUUCUUGCGUCUGGAAGCCAGGGCAAUCAGGCCAAGUCUCUUCCUCGCUCACCCUCUUACAGCAGCUCUGCAGCACCGGCAAGCAGGCCUCCCGAACAGUCUUUGAGUAACUGUAGUAACUAUGGACAGUCCAUGCCUAUUCCAGUGCCCACGCAGAUUCACAACUAUCAGCGCAUGGAGCAGAACCUGCACUCUCCUAGCCAGGACAGCUCCCCACGGUGCACUCCAAUGCGGCGGUGCAGCAGUGGAAGUCCCCUUGGUUGUGGGAGGACAGGACGGUCUCCACCUCAUCACUCAGCCAUCACCACACGCAGAUUGUCUAUAGGAGGCAUCAAACCCCUCCAACCCCCUCCACAGGGUCUCCAGCUCCCUGAUGCCAAGUCCAGACCCAGGCAGCACGGGCUGGGCUCACGUCUCCACAGCGCCCCCUGCCUGCUGGAGGCCGCUGGCGGUUGCAGGCAGACAAUCAGGAAACAGCACUCUGACCCUGUCGUGGCCCAGACGGGCGCGAUGACCCUGAGACACCUUCAUUCCUCUCCCCGACUCAGUGAACUGAUGCAGCGAAGUCCUUUACCCACCAUCCUGGGAUCACCGUCGAGAGCAAUGUCCCCAUUUGAGUUCCCAAAGCCGCCCAGCUCACCAAACAUGGUGACCUUCCUGACUCAGCAGGGUUUAGUUUUCCCCUCGUCUGCUCCCCGGCAAUGCCAGGAAGAUUCGGGCACGCCUGGCGCUUUCCAGCCUGAGGAAGCCAAGAUUUUUGGAAGGUCGCAGAGCUCUGGCCGCCUGUCUGACAUGCUGCUAAUGGCGGCGUUCGGGACGCAGCUGGGAGACCGAGGCAGCACGGAGAACCUCAGCGCUGACAGCACAGUGCCUCCUGCUGGUGGGACCAUGGUGGUGGGCUCAGGCAGUCCAGCGCGAGCGGUGUUUACUGUGGGCUCCCCACCUAGCGGAGGAACCCCACCCCACACCUGUCGUUCGAGAAAAUUCUCCGCAUGCUCCUCAAGCUCGAUCAGUCCCGUAGGGUCCCUCACCAGCCGCUACCCUCAGACACCCAUGUGUUUGGAUGGUUUCGAGUGCUCGUCCAGUCCCCGCUACAGUCUCUCUGACCCCAUCUCAUCCAAUUUGGAUGGAGCUGUGAUGUUUGAGGCCCCUGAGCUCCCAGAAGAAACACUAAUGGAGCAGGAGCACACAGAGAUUCUUCAGAGGCUUCGGUUCACGCUGGAAUUUGCACACUGUAUGGUGGAGGUGGCAGUGUCGAGAGGUGGAGAAUUCGGGCAAGCCGAACAGCCCUCACCCUGCCUACAACAGCAGGAAAGCGGUGUGGCCGACCAGAUCAGCUCUCUGAGCCGCGAGUGGAGUCACGCUGAGCAGUUGGUGCUGUAUAUGAAGACUGCAGAGCUUCUGUCCACAGCGCUGCACACGGCCAUGGAGGGCAUCAAACAGGGUAAACUGUACCCCUCCACCACAGUCAAACAAGUGGUAAGGAGGCUGAAUGAUCUGUACAAGACGAGCGUGACGUCCUGUCGUUCCUUGAGUGCGCAUCUGGAGCGGUUCUUUUCCCGAAAGCACCGGCUGAUGGACCACAUCAACACCAUCACUGCGGAAAGGCUUAUCUUUAGCCACACUGUGCAGAUGGUGCAAGCUGCAGCUCUGGAUGAGAUGUUCCACCAGGGUGAGGCUUCAAUACACCGCUACCAUAAAGCCUUGCUCUUAAUGGAGGGUCUGUCACUGCUCCUGACCGAGCAGUCCGACAUCCUCAGCGUCAGCAAGUGUAAACAGUGCAUUGAGCGUCGUCUUAACGCGCUGCAGUCAGGCCUGUGUGUAUAGAGAUUGAACCAAGUCUUUUACGUUCCUUCCCUACGUUUCCUAAAAAAGGCUUUACUGCUUCUCGUUCUUCUCGUCUACAAAAACGAAGACGGAGAGGAUCCAGUUUGCGGUCGCGGAUACAACAGUAUCUGCCUUGCUGCCUAUCUGAAUCACGAAUCAGAAAUCAAAUGAGCUGCAGGCAAUCACAACAGAUCCAUGUUUAUUCCAUGACAUUUAUUCCUGUUUUUUGUUGUUGAUUUUUUUACUUGUAAGCUGCACUGUGCAAACAUCUUUUUUGUUUUGCAUAGACAUAACACUAUGUCUGGAUGUGAUUUUCUUUAGUACUGGGAUUGUGCAAUCACAGGUAAUAGAUAUUUCUCAGCAGUGGGGUUUACUCAUACUCUCUUAUCAAAAUGUAUUAAGCUGUAUCUUUCAGGGGCAUCACUCGGGUGGUGCAUCUUUUUAGUUUGCAUCUGCACGUAUUGUAUUUUUAAAACUUUAAUCUAUGUAUGAAUUUAUUUUGCUUGAAAGUACAAUAUGUGAAAAGGCGAAACGUAUAUAAAAUGAGGAUCUCAUCGAGGUUACGGUGUAAAAACGCACCGCGCCACCCCAAGAAAGACGCAGUUUAGUACUACAACCAAGUAGGAGUAAGUUGGAUGUUGUAUUUCAGGUCAGGUAUGUCCUCAGCCAAAUUUGAAGGCGAAUUUCAAGUUCAUAUCCAAAUGUCAUUUAUGGAGGACGAAGUAGGAACCUCCAAAUUGACUGUGUCACUUUAUUUAAAUUCCCCAUUUGGCUUCGAUUUUUGAAGAAUAUUUUUUCACUGAAUGAAUGUGACGAACCAAAAAAAAAAAAAAAAAAAUGACACGAAUCAUGAGUUAUGCCAAGAAGAUAAAUAAAUAAGUAAAGAAAGCUUAAAAUUGCAAUCCGGAUAGAACGUAACCUAUCACUUCGAGGGGCGUUCAGGUCAAACCGGGACUUUUGAUUGUACAGAAUAAGCGCAAACAGUUA